AUGUAGAGAUGCUUCAGUCCAAACCAGAUACUCCAGUUGCCAGAGAUGAAGUUUCUCUAACUACAAAAGACUCGAUGCUCCGCAAAUUUUUAGAAGGCAGUAGCGUGGAUGUGCCAGAUUCAGAGGAAGGAGAUUACCAACGGCAUGGUGAAGAUGUAUACUACUCAGUGGAACAAGAUACUUUUCCACAGGAAAUGGCUAGCAGGCCUCCAGUUCCUGUUCCAAGACCAGAAUCCAGCUCUCCACAGCCAGACAACGAGCUGUAUAUCUCCAAAAUUUUUGCACAGAAAGCUCAAAGACCUGAGAAUCUCUAUGUUCCUAGAGGAAGAGUUAAAAAAGAGACAAUAGUGAGGCCUGUGAGGGACCUGUCUCAAUCAAGCAUCUAUGACCCAUUUGCUGGAAUGAAAACCCCAGGUCAACGGCAGCUGAUUACUUUACAGGAGCAAGUGAAAAUGGGCAUACUCACCGUCGAUGAAGCUGUACUUCAUUUCAAGGAGUGGCAACUGAACCAGAAAAAGAGAUCAGAAUCAUUCCGGUUCCAGCAGGAAAAUCUGAAACGGCUACGAGACAGCAUAACCAGGAGACAACUGGAGAGACAAAAAAAAGACAAAAGUGCAGACUUGGAAAUUACAGUACCCAUUCGACAUUCUCAUAAUACUUUGGGGAAACCAGAAUGUGGAAUAUAUGAAUAUACCCCCAGGAAAAAUGUUUUCCCACCAAAAAAGGAGUUAAAGCGAGGAGACUGGAAAACAGAAAGCACAUCCAGCACAACAAGUAGCACAAGUAACCGUUCCAGCACUCGGAGCAUACUGAGUGUUAGCAGUGGGAUGGAAGGGGACAGUGAGGACAAUGAAGUCCCAGAAACAACUAGAAGCCGCAGCCCAGUAGCUCACCAAGCAGAGAGGCUGCCUUUCCCAGAAAGGCCUCCCAGAGUACCCCCUCGAGGGGCAAGCAGGCCUGUAAGCUGUGAAAGCUUUUAUCCGCCACCUGUGCCCCCAAGAGGUCGCUGAAUCUCUCAACAUCUGUGGAAUAUGAGAUUUUUUUCUGUUUUGUAUGUGUGUUUGUACAGAUAUUUUUUGGUUGUCUUAAGUUAUUUAUAAGUGGAGCCAAAUGUUU